AUGCAUCUGCUGACGGCCUUGACCGCCCUAACGGCCCAAACGGUGGAGGGGCGCUUGAUCGCUGCGGCGGUCUUGCCGCAUGGAGACUUCGCUUACGAUCCCAAGCUGGUGAACGACACAGGUGGCUCGCUGCAGCUCCACCAGGCGGCGCAACGCUUGGGUCGCGAAGCGCAGACCGCGUCGCCAGAGCUGAUCUUCCUCACCACGCCACAUGGCCUGGAACUCUCGGAGAGAUACCUCUUCUACUUGAAUAGUGAGAAUCAAGGUGCCACGCCCCUGGACGACAUGCCACACCAAGCAGCCGGGCGCAAGGUGCCUUUGAACUUCACCACGCCCAGCGACCUUGGGCGAAAGCUCUUGCUGAAGCUCCAGGAGCCGCAAGAGUCCUCUUUGCCCGUGGAGGGCCUGCAAGGCUUUUCAAAUUCACAGCCGCUGCCCAUCAGUUGGGGCGAGAUCCUGCCAUUGACGUACUUGCGAGCGUAUGGGCCCUUACCACCGGUGCUGCCGAUGUCCUUUCCCCUCAGGCGCUUCAACCAUUCAGCGGAGAUGUUUGAUGAGUUGCUCUUGUUGGGAGCUCGCAUUGGAGAGUUUCUGGAUGCACUGCCAGAGAGAGUUCUGUGGUUGGUCUCCGCUGACCUGGCUCAUACACACUUGCAAAGUGGUCCUUAUGGCUACUGCCCUUGUGCGGAGCCCUAUGAUCAAGCUUGCAGCCAGUGGGCUGCUGCUGGCGGAUCCCAAUCCUCCAUGAGGGCGCUGUCCGAAGCGCGUCGUCUUCAAGGAAGCUGGGAUGGAGGGAGACGGAUCCGGCGGAGAAAAAGGAAUAAAACCCACUAA